AGGCUGACAGCGGGGGGUGAUUAGAUUAGAGAACCCGAGCACGGAGACAGAGAUGGGCACGCAGGGUGGGUGAUAAAAGAGGAAGGGGGAACAGAGACAGAGAGAGAUAGGCUCGAUUUGCAUCUCGCUUUCGCAUUGCACACACCACCAUACACCGCACUGCUGAGUGCAGAUUGCUGACCUCUACUACACUCUACUCUACUCUACUCCUCCUAGUCCUUGUUCUGUACAAACCUGUUUUCGGCGUCUGGCUGUACCGCUAGCCUUAACCCCUAGAGCCAGACGGAGGAGGCCUGCGGAAGCGGGAGCGGAAGAGGAGGAGGAGAGUGUGUUCAGAAUUUCAGAAGCAAAGUGCUGUCUUGCCAUACCCCUACAGUGCUACUAGCCUGUGCUGCUGCAGAGAAGCCAAUCGAGGCGGGGCACUCGUUCCUCCCCGUUACAAGGAGAGGAGGAAGAUUUAGGGGCGGAGGAGGUCACAGACUCACAGGAAGGAAAGAUGGACUCUUGAUCCCCGUCGCGGUCGCGGCUGGUUUGUUGUGGGCAAGCCGAACCAUUUUGCUGCUAUAAUACUCGAGCAGUCGAUUCGCGGCUCCCGGGGCCAGAAUCUUGCUCUGAGAGGCGGAAUUUGUGCGGGAUUUGAGCUUUCUUUCCUCCAACGAGGUGCCCUGAGGAAGGGAGGGAGCGCCAGUUCUCCCACUGCUGUAGUGCGUGGUUUCAGGGAGGUAUGAGACAAUGAGGGAAGAGAGCAACAAGAAGAGCAAGCUCUCCUGGUCGAAAUCCCUCGUGAGGAAGUGGUUCAACAUCAAGACUAAGCCACAUGAUUUCCGUGCGGAUUGCGCCGCCGCCCAAGGGAGGGUCGGGCAUGAUGAUGGCGAAUGGAGGACCAGCUGCUCAGAGCGGGAGGCAGGCGCCGCCAAGAAAAGCAGAACUGACCGACCGUCGAAGCGGAGUAGUAUGGAUCGAAUCAGAGGAGGAAAAAACGACUUCGAUGCGGCAUGCCUCACAGAAGUUCAGAACUACAGAAUCUUUGCCUCCACAUGGAAUGUAGGUGGUAAAUCCCCACCGAGGGGAUUGAAUCUUGAUGACUGGCUCCAUUCUUCACCUUCAGCUGAUAUCUAUGUGUUAGGAUUUCAAGAAAUUGUUCCUUUGAAUGCUGGAAAUGUUCUUGGCACAGAAGAUAAUCUCCCAGCGAAAAAAUGGGUAUCCCUUGUCAGGAGGACACUGAAUAAGAAUCCUGGUUCAUGCUGUUAUGGUGGCUAUCGCACGCCAUCUCCUGUCCCUGAUCCAGUUGUAGAACAAAAUGCUGAUUUUGAGGGAUCGUCGAGAAGGCUGGACAGUUUAUCCUAUUUGCAUCGUCGGUCGUUCAACCUUAGCCGGAGUUUAAGAGUUGAAGGGGAUCAUAUGCUACCACACCAAAGGUUGGAUCGUAGGUUCAGUGUCUGUGACCCAGUUAGCUUGGGAGGCAGGCCAAGUGAUUUUGAUAGGAACUUCCCAUUCAUGGGAUCACCGGAUGAUCAUUGUAUCGAGGAGGAUACAAGCAAUGAAGCAUAUUUUCCACCCUUCCCAUAUGGCUAUGGUGCCUCCGCGCCUAUGGAAGAAAAUGAUCAUCAGACAAAUACAUCUAGGUAUUGUUUGGUUGCCAGCAAGCAAAUGGUCGGUAUAUUUCUCACCGUUUGGGUGCGCAGCGAAAUAAGAAAUGAUGUGAGAAACCUGAAAGUUUCUUGCGUGGGUAGAGGACUAAUGGGUUAUCUUGGAAAUAAGGGUUCUAUAUCCAUAAGCAUGUCUUUGCACCACACAACCUUUUGUUUUGUCUGCUGUCAUCUGACCUCUGGUGAAAAGGAGGGAGAUGAACUACGGAGAAACUCUGACGUUAUGGAAAUUCUAAGAAAGACUAGAUUUCCACAGGUCCGUGGUGCUGCUGAUGUCAAGUCACCAGAAACGAUUCUUGAGCAUGACCGUAUCAUUUGGCUUGGGGAUUUGAAUUAUCGGAUUGCCCUAUCGUACUGCUCAGCUAAAGCUCUUGUCGAAAUGCAUAACUGGAAGCAACUUUUAGAGAAAGAUCAGCUUCGGAUAGAACGAAGAUGCGGGCGUGUUUUCCAUGGUUGGAAAGAAGGCAGGAUUUAUUUUCCUCCGACAUAUAAGUACUCAUUCAACUCGGAUCGUUAUUCUGGUGUGCGGCCCAAAGAAAAGCGGAGAACACCCGCUUGGUGCGAUCGCAUUCUGUGGUACGGUAAUGGCCUCUCGCAGCUGUCCUACGUUCGCGGAGAGUCUCGCUUCUCUGACCACAGACCAGUCUACAGUAUUUUCAUGGCUGAGGUUGAGAGUGCCCGCCACAGAAGAAGGAACAUGGGCUAUUCCAGCUCUAGAAUCGAGGUGGAAGAGCUUUUGCCGUAUCCAUACAGCUCCGGAGAAAUGAAGUUCUACUGGUUUGGCUGACAUAGGGCAUAUGGCUGGAGCUUGUUUUCUACUUCAACUUAGGUUGCCGGGUCCUUGAUGAACAAACAAUACCUUGGGCCAUAGACUGCAUGGUCACUAGCUUGAUCAGAUGUAAGCCUGGUUAUUUUUCUCAUCUGGCUUUCACAGCUUCCAGUCAGAUGGUUGAGAAGCGCAAUGCACAAAACUGACAUAAAAGGUAACCACUUUGUUGGCCGGUGAUUUGUUGCAGAAAUCUAGGAACUCCUCAGUUGGCCUAAGAACGUGUCCUUUGCUGGUUGACCUGCUUUUGCAUUGCAGGAUAGCCGGGCAGUUUUGCAACUAACCGUUUGCCUUUUGGACAGCCGUGUUGAAACAAGGAUCGGCCCGCAUCUGUACAUGUCAUUAACCACACAGCUCAGAAAAAAAAAACCCUUCUCGUCCCCAAUUUGGUUCUCUUUUUUUAGGAGAGUUAGUAAACAUACAUAUUUUUUCUUUCUUUGUUUCUCCCUUUGCAUUUGGGAAAUCUUUUUAGAAUGAGAUUUUGGAGUGUAUCAGCAUGAGGUGUAAAAUCAUUGUGAAUCGGUAAAAGGCUGGAAUGAUGCUUGAACCGAACUGAUCCGUGAUCAUGAUCUCCAUUGCUGAUGAGGGAACAGUGGUGAUGGAUUGAUGUGACUUGGGAGGUUUGCAAAGGUGUAAUCAUGUGUAUAAUAACCCUUUUAUUUGUUUUUUUCCUCUGUCCCUGUGGUGUAGUGCCUGAGAAGCGAAAUGAUGCCUGCGUUUGCUGUGCUCAUUGCUGUUAAACCUUUUUUUUCUAAUUGUAACAGGUCAGAGCCUUGCUUCCUGGCUGGAAAGCAUGGCAUUAUUCUUGUUA